GGCAGACUCAGUUGCUUCAUAAGCUGUCGGAGAGGGCAGCCGCGUAAAACUAUACGUAAUAAUUAAGUUUACAUUCACGGUAUCGCUACGAGAUGUCUUAAAACUUUUGUUAAUUGAAAUAAUAUUUCCCUGAAAAUGGCCUCAAAAUUGUACGCAGGUAUUGCUGCCUACGCACUGAGUCUCCUAGUCAUAUCCAGUCUCGUACAAUGCGAUGAUCCAAUUGGGAUUCCGAAUGCAGAAAACAUUGAAAAAGAUGGAUUAGCAAAUUCAGUUAACAGUUUCGGUUUUAACUUGGUUAACAAAUUGUUGGUAGACAAUAAUGAAAAAAAUAUUAUAAUUUCACCAACUGGAAUUGCCGGCUUACUCUCAAUGGCAUUGUUGGGAAGUGUCGGUAAAUCUUACGACGAACUGGCGAAUAUCCUCGGGUUUUCCCAAGAUGUAAAAAUUAAUCGAGCGAACCACGAACUUUUCGGAGGCCUUCUGAAGACCUUAAAUGACAACGAAACAUCGAGCAAGACGAUGUUCGCCGAUGCAGUUUUUGUGGACGACGAUUCAAAACUACGUCAAGAAUACCGUUCGUAUUUGCAAAGAGUCUACAAUGGCGAAGCUCGGGACGUCGACUUCGCAGACCAAGAUACUGUAAAAGCUUUAAUAAAUGAAUGGGCGAGUAAUCAAACAAACGGAAAAAUAGCUGACUUUUUGAAGGAGUCACUUCCAGGUAACACCAAGGCCGUUUUGCUGAGUGCAAUGUACUUUAGUGGUCAAUGGGAACAUCCAUUCGUACCCGAGUAUACUAUGAAAUUGCCGUUCAAAAAACCUAAGGAAGAGAUUACAGCGGACCUCAUGCUGAACUACGGAAAGUUUAAUUAUAUUUACUCUGUGGAAGACGAACUUCAAAUGAUUGCGCUACCUUACAAUGACAGUUCUACGGUCAUGUAUGUUAUUAAACCUCGCAAACCAGAUAACUUAAGCCUCGUAGAGCUACUUAAACGAUUAAACUACACAACAAUUGAUAAUGUAAUUAGUAGACUUACUAGCCAGGUUUGCAUUAUCCGACUACCCAAGAUGGACCUACAAUACAAUGAAAAUUUAGUGGAUGCAUUUAAAUCGUUGGGUAUACAGUCUAUUUUCGUCCCAGAACAAGCAAACUUUGCGUUGAUGAUAGAAAAUAAAAUGGUAAACAAAACUGAGGAUGAAUUAAUUACAAGAAUAAAUAACGACGAAACGUUAGAAAGUAAAAAUUUAAGAGAGAUUAUUGACGCUCUACCAAACCCAGGAGUCCACGUAGAUAAAAUUAUACACGAUGUAAAAAUAACUAUUAAUGAAUACGGCACUGAAGCUGCUGCAGCGACGGGCGCAUUCUUGGCUAGAACCGCUGAACAAUUCUAUGCAGAUUCCCCAUUUUACUUAUUUAUCAGAAAUGAGAAGACUAAACUUGUCACAUUUAGUGCUGCUAUAUUUGAUCCCCUAAGUUGAAUUAGUUCUAUUAGAUGAUAUUAUGUAGAAGAAUAAAACAAAAUAGUUUAUAUGUACUUAGUAUAUAAUGUUUGACUUAAAAGAUACAUCCCUAUUGUAAGUUAAUUAAUGUGCAUUUACUUAAAAAAAUAUUUUUUAUAAUAAGGAUCUUAUGAAUUUUAACAUCAUUAAAAUAAAGACAAUUUAC